UUUCCAUUCAUCGUUUGCUCUCUGGUUCGUGGAGCGAAAGGUGGACAGGUUUAGUGGCGCGGUCGUUGUCCAACAUUCUAGUUCUGUGUUUCGGUCUGGUUUUGUUGGAAAGCUGUCCCGGUGGCGAACCUCCCAGCAAGGCACCGUGUCCGCGUGGAGUCAUAGUGAACGGAGAGCCACUGCUCCACAGUUUCUUAGUGGAAAUUUCCCGUGGAUCCUAGAAACACCUUUGGCCGUCUCAGGGAACGCUUGGGCUGAGCUCAUUAGUCAGCUGAUCGCGUGCCCGUCGUUUAUUUGUCGAAUUGGCGGUGCCUUGACGUGAACUGGAAAAAGCCUUGGACCUGACAAAUUCGCGAACUCUAAAUUGGAUGAAAAUUGUAAUUGCCGUGUGGCGUCGGAGUGGCUAUCGAGGAGACGUUCCGCGACAAGCGAGCGCGAGCAGAGCAAACUGCGUUUAGUGACUUGGCCUUCGCGAAGAUUUCUGCGCCGGUAGACGCGGCUUUCUUUGGCACGUUUUCGGUCGUCGACCCGCUCGACGAUUUUCAGCGCUGCAUCCACGCCGUUCGGACACUUGCACUUGCAGCGAGUGCAAGGCGCUACGCGGCAACAACCCCAAGCAUUCCAAGGACGUGAAGGAAUUCGAGUGGGCGCUCCCUUGUAAAUGCCUCUUGCCCAGUUAUCCUACGCAGAUUUGUAUGACAGCUACGUUCAGAAUCGGCAGAACAUUUUAGAGGUUUUCCGUGACUUUUUCUUCUCUUCGGACCGACUGCUGCUUGUGCGCCUAAUUUGCACCAUGUCGACCGCAUUCCUUACCGCAAUCGCUGUGAUCCUGUGUAUCCUGUUCCGGAUCCUAAACGUGAACAGUCAGCCUUUGAAACCGAGUAUUUGGUGCUUGGACGAAUCCUUCUUGGAUUGCUUGCAUAAGAUUGCACCUCUGCUAAGGGAACCGUAUGUUCCAACAAGACUAUGGGGUUUCAGUGGCCACGUACAAACCGUAAUACACAGUAUAGUUGGACGCGUGAAGUGUCCUUGGCCUCUAGGCGAACGUGUGUAUCUGUCACUAGUUGAUGGUUCAACAUUAACCUACGAUUUAUAUCAACCAUUAAAUGAACAUGAAGAUGAUAUUACUGUUGCGAUAUGUCCCGGAAUUGGAAACUCCUCGGAGAGUGUUUAUAUUCGAACUUUCGUGCAUUACGCACAAUGUCAUGGCUACAGAUGCGCUGUACUUAAUCACAUUGGUGCACUACCAAGUGUUCAGGUGACUUCAUCGAGGAUAUUCACAUAUGGUCACACAGGCGACUUUGCAGAAAUGAUAACUAGUCUCGUGAAGAAGUAUCCAUCAACGAAUAUUGUUGCAGUUGGUUUCAGUUUGGGUGGUAACCUAGUUACCAAAUACAUGGGCGAAAAGGAAAGUAACCGACCCUCAAACGUAAUUGGUGGAGUUUCGAUAUGCCAAGGAUACAAUGCAGUCGAGGGCACCAAGUGGCUUUUGAAUUGGCAAAAUUUCCGCCGCUUCUAUCUGUACGUGAUGACGGAGAACGUGAAGAAUAUCAUCAUGAAACAUAGACACGUUCUACUUUCCGAUGAGGUUAAAAACAAAUACCAACUUAAUGAGCGUGAAAUUGUGGCGGCUGCCACGCUACCAGAAUUGGAUGAAGCGUACACGCGGAAAGUUCAUGAUUUCUCAUCGGUCACAGAUCUAUAUCGAUGGAGCUCAUCGAUAAACUACUUGGAUGGCAUCAACAAGCCAAUGAUUUUCAUGAAUGCUAAGGAUGAUCCACUUGUUCCCGAAGAUUUACUACCUCCGAUUAAGGAGUUUUCAGCCACACGUCCUAACUCAGUCUACAUUGAACUAGCACAUGGUGGUCACCUUGGAUUCUACGAGGGUGGGCUUAUAUACCCCAACCCUGUGACAUGGUUGGACCGCGCCCUGGUCGCUCUUAUUGGCGGACUGGUGCUGGCCCAUAGUGAUGGACUGCAAAAGAAGAUCUCUAUUUCAACAUGAACACAACAACCAGCAGCCUAUAUUAAAGAUUUGAAUAGCAGCAGUUGCAAAACUGGAAACGAACACUAAAAGAGUUUCACAAAAUAUUAAACAAAAAGAAAGUUAAGAAAAAGGGAGCUGCGAUGCACAGCAACAAAUAUUUACUUAUUAAUAAAUAGAUUAUAUUUCGAUGUUUCACACACGCUCAAAAAACAAUAAUUUUAAAAUAGAUCAAACCAGAAGGAAACAUUAGUAGGUUCCUAGAUAUGGAGAUGACAAAACCGCUUUGCAAAAUGACAAAAAUAUUUCAAAUUUAUUUAUACAUUCGAAAAUAUAUAGUAUAUGAAUACAGGAUGACAAAGCCAGUAUGGAAAACUACAUUUGUUUAUAUUUACGGUUAGGAGCAAAAGGAAGACUUUGAAAUCAAUCAUAUAAACCUAUAUUCCCCGAAAAUGAUUGAAUUCAAAUUUAUUUAGAUCAGAAAUGAUAAAGAUUCUUUUCCGUACAUGAAAUACUUUAAAAUUAUUUUCCGAACCGAAAAAAGACGAAAUCCUGUUCUCGCAUAGACGAAAAGAAUUGAUUUUUAUAACUAAAUUGAUUUAUGAGUGCAAAAGGCAGAACUAGGGCUUGACUUAGCAUUUGAACUUUACUAAUAAUUGCGAUGUUUGUUGUUAACUUCCGGUGUGAACAAACCAAAUUGUCGUUGUAUGUAAGUGUCUUAAGUGUUCGUGCAUAUCGUUGAGGAGUAAAUCAUAAUGAAAAAAAUAAUGCAGGCGCAGCCUCGUUUUGAGGAGCGCCUGAAUAGUCGGCAUCUUUUGUAAAGUUACUGAGUAUUUUUACAUAGACUACGAAGUAUACACAUAAAUGUAUAUUUUGAGUAUGCUGUGUUGAUAAUAUACGAAUAUAUGCAGUUUUAUCGAGCACAAUUGCUGUAAUUAUGAAAUUUAUUGCUUUUUGCUAAGUAAUUUACACUAAACAAACCGUUCGAGCAGAUGAAAGUUUUAUAUGCAUAAAUUGUUCUACUAUUUUCGAUUUGUUUUUAUAACGUAGGUAUUAGAAUUUUUUACAGACCAUAUUUGACAAAAACUAUUAGAGAACUCGCAACAGUGAAGCAUUCGUUGAAAAUAAGCCUUUAGAAAUAUUUCGAGGAAAGCAAGCGCUUUCACACAGGGUACAUUUGAAGGCCGCAAUGUGUUCAAAUUAUAUUGAGGCAUUGAGAGCUGCGUUUAAAAAUAGAUGAAGCAUUCAAAAAGUAGACCUAAAUCCCCCAAGUCUAAUUCGUUUUCGCACAAGUGCGCCUAGUGAGAAAACAAGUUAAAUACUGGAAAUUUAAGUCACAAGCAGUCGUGAUCACCAACUUUGUGAAACCGAAAGUCACCUUUUCGUAUGAGAAUUCAGUGGUCAACCCAUUCUACUUUUAUGCAGCGUUACCAAACGUGUUUGUUCACGAAAUAUGAGUUUAAAUACUAGAAGUGCAUCAUCCAUGUCUUGACUAAAUACUGCGCAAAGAUUGAAUUAUGCAUAUUAACAAAAAAUUGAAAAUACAUUUCUCAUUCCAUAUUUAUUGUUACCAAUUCAGUGUAAAGCAUUUGUUGUAACAGCAGUAAUUGCAUGGAAAACGCUAAGUAUUAGAUUCGGCUGCAUAGAUACAGAAGUAUUCUUCAAAUCAAUGGUUCCAAUUGAUGUGAUUAUUAGUUCGAUCAAGUUUUAAUACCCAAAUUACAACAAAUAGACAAAUACUUUACACGAAAAGGUCUUAUUGUAGGUUAUUCAGUUAAGCAGUAUUUGUUUAUUGUUAAUUUAUUGAGGAUUAGUCUUUAGAUUCGUGCAUAACACAAAUGAACGUGGCUGUAUGAUUUUGCUGAAUUAUCAGCAAAUUAUUUGUUUUCAAUAUGUUUGUAAACUAUAAAUUGAAACUGACUUACUAAUUACAUAAAUGUUGUCUGGAAUAUAUGAAUAAUGGAAGCCCUGUUUCGAUGAACUAUAGCUCCAAUAUAUGUAGAUUUGAGCGACCGAUCGUCAUGUCGAGAAAGGGAAUCAAUGUAGAUGCAACGACAUAUUUUUGCAUCAUAAGAUGUUUUCAAUGGCUAAAUAAAUAUUAAUAUUGCGAACAGAA